CUGUUUAUGUUUUUUUUUUCUGAUGUCUGUUUAAGAUUUCGCGCGUGUUACUCGAAUAAUACGUCAGACUGGGAUUAAGGGAUGUGGGCUGGCUCUGUAAUAUCCGAGGCUAUCCUCCAACUCUGUUUCAAUAGGAUCUCAGCUGCGGUUGUUGGUCUGUCGAGCGUCGAGCACAGGCGGGCCAUUUCAGCGAAGAUCUCACACAGUCCGAUGACAGAGACGGUCGGAAUAACAGUGCCUCAGAUAGAGAUGCUUUUUAAAUAAAUAUGAAGACAGAUGUAGGAUAAAUCCUCGUGUUUUUUUUUUCUGAGCUGAGGAUGGAUUCAUGAAGCUUGUGUGUGUGUGUUUUUUUCCCCUCCGGAUCGCACGUUUCGUUUUGGCAGAGUGAUGAAUGAAAAUCAGAGGAAAACACAAGAAGAGAAGAGAAAAUCCGACCUUGCAAUGGAUGCGAGAGUGCAGUGAUGCUGUGACUGAAUAAAGUAAGAUCAAAUAAACAUAUAAUAUCAGAAUAAAAUCCGACUUAAGUUCUGCAUCAGAUGCACCAGAUGUUAUUUUGCUGAGGACUCAUUGAUCCUGCAGACCCCCUCUCCACACACACACACACACACACACGCACAACCGGAGGAUGGUCCCAGGGGCCCCCAGCACGACCACCACCAUGCUCCCCGCCUCCGAGGCUGCCAAAAUCUACCAGACCAACUACGUGCGCAACUCCCGCGCCAUCGGCGUCCUAUGGGCCAUCUUCACCAUCCUCUUCGCCAUCGUUAACGUGGUGUGCUUCAUCCAGCCGUACUGGAUCGGAGACGGCGUGGACACCCCGCAGGCGGGUUACUUCGGUCUGUUCCACUACUGCAUCGGGAACGGACUGUCCCGGGACUUGACCUGUCAGGGCAGCUUCACCGAGUUCAGCGCCAUCCCAUCCGGCGCGUUCAAGGCCGCCUCCUUCUUCAUCGGCAUGUCCAUGGUGCUGGUCCUCACCUGCAUCGGCUGCUUCGCGCUCUUCUUCUUCUGCAGCACCGGCACCGUGUAUAAGAUCUGCGGCUGGAUGCAGCUGGCAGCGGGCACAUGUCUGAUUCUAGGCUGCAUGAUCUACCCAGACGGAUGGGACAGCGACGAGGUGAAGCGAAUGUGUGGCGAGCAGACGGAUAAGUACACUCUCGGGGCCUGCUCGGUGCGCUGGGCCUACAUCCUCGCCAUCAUGGGCAUCAUGGACGCUCUCAUUCUCUCCUUCUUGGCCUUCGUCCUGGGAAAUCGUCAGGACAGUCUGAUGUCUGAGGAGCUGCUGGGGGACAGUAAGAGGAUGAUACCCUUGUCGCGCAUAAGAGCGGCAAUAACGCCAUAUAACAUCUGGUAAUGGUAAAAUCACAAGCAGAAACAGGUUUUGUUGCCUAGAUGUGAUGUUUCCUUCAGGAUCCAGCUUCCUCCUCCUGGUCCAGCCUGUGGCUGGGAUGCAGAGCUGAUGUGUGGGGAAAGAACAGAUCGAAGAAGAAGAAGAUGAGGAGGUCUGGAAGAGGACACACAACCUUGAUGGAUGCCUCUAAAUCGUCCUCUCUGAAAGCUCCCUCUGUAAAAUAGCCUUCAUCUCAAACUGUUUAUUUUUGCAGGAUAAAUUCUCAAGACUUUAUCUAAAGUUUACCUGUGUUGGUAUGUCACUGCAUCAUCUUACCUGAUCUGUUCUGAACUGAAAUGUUUUCCGUAUGGAUGUGAGGAAGGCUGCCGUCGCAACCGAAAAGACUCCUUCGUGUGGUAAAUUCAGCUCCAGGACACCGUGCGACGGACGCUCAAAUCGAAUCAAAUCACAACAAAUUAUACAGACUUUGACUGGCACAAACAAGGACUUAACAGACUGGAGGUUAAAGCUGUCAGAUCUUCUUUCUUAUCAAGUCAACAAACGCCCUGCAAAGGACCAAAGUGGUAUCAGCAAAGUGAGGACUAAAGACAAUUAUAGGAAAGAAAAAGACAGCUUUUGUUAUAAUUAAAUGUUUGAUGUGAUAGAAUCAAAAGGUAGUAAUUAGAGAUUAACAGAUACUAAAUAGAAGAAAACAUCAAUUGUAUGAAGUCUAUAAUCUGUGUAUAGCUAUAUGUUGAUUAUGUCCCUGUACUUUGUCUUGACUUUGAAAUGUACACUUUGAAAUGUCGAGCUAUUGGACCAUUAUUAGUGUGUGCCAUACAGUAUCUUGUAAUCUGACAGUGUUGUGGAGUAGCUACUAAAAAAGGGCUCAAAGAAAAGCUGAACUGAACACGAACAUGUUCGACUCUGUUGUUGCAUCUUUGAGUUUCCUGUCAUUCUUCAUCGUUUGUUCAUUAAAAGAUAAAAUUU